AUGGCCGGAAGACGAAUAACACAGCUGGCUCUGCUUCUUUUGCUUUCGUCAAGUUGUGCCUGGGCGAACGACGGCACGAGGAAACCCGAGAGGGGCGACUUGAGACUCGGAAGGGACGACGUCUCGCCGGGACAGAAAGCCCCGCUGGUGGAAGUCCGGGCUGAGCAGGAUGGAACAUCGUGGGAAAAAGUUAAUGAGGAAGCACGGCAGCAACGACGCCAGGAAAACACAUCUGAGAGACGCAUACCACCGCAACAUGAGGAGGAUAUCAUCGGAUUGCAACAUGCCCAGGCAAAGUCACCCACAGCCGAGGAAGCCGCCCAGAUCACCACGGCACCCUCAUUAAUUCCAUUAAUUCAACGCCAGGACAACAACGGCCAACAGGGCCAGAUAGACGACCUCAACCGCCGGCUCCAGUCCGCACAACAAUCUGCCCAGCAGGCCCUCCAGUCACUCAGCGACGCGUCACGGCGGGUCUCACAAGCCAGCCAGCAACUCUCACAAUCUUCACAACAGCUCUCACAACAGAGCCAGCAGCUCUCGCAGUCGUCCCAGCGGCUCUCCCAGGAGAGCCAGCAGCUGUCACAGAGCCUCCAGCAGGCCACGCAGUCGGUCCAGUCGCUGACCCGGGCCGUGAGCGACGCCCAGUCGAGCGGGAGCUCGGCGUUCGCGAGCUGCACGGACAGUGCGUCUGCGGCGCUCGCGCGGGCCUCGGGCGAGCUUGCGAGCAAGGUUGGCGACGCCCAGGCGCAGAUCACGCUCGCCAACAACCAAGCCCAGGACCAGGUCCAACAGGCCCAGGGCGCCGCCGUCUCGAUCACCCAGGCCGCGCUCGCCAUCGUGGGCACCUUCAUCGGCUCGUCCCUGCUGACGGUGCUGGUCGUGUGGCUCAUCAUCCGGCACAAGCGCAGGCAAAAGGACCGCAUCGCGCCGCCCCUCAACACCAGCGUGAGCAGCUACUAUGGCGGCAGGCCCGGCGUGGAGUCGUACGGCAACAUCACCCGCGACGUCAAGGACGCGAUCCUCAUGUCGCCGCCGGCCAGCGGGACCACGACCAAGGUCGGCUCCGAGAGGGCGCGGUCGCUGAGGGGGAGCAGGGGUAACGAUAUGGUCACCAAGGGGUACGGGCCGGAGAAGGAGGCCGGGCUGGGCAUGGGGCCCACCGCGGGUGGUGGCGGCGGGACCGGGCCGGACAGCAACGUCCAGAUCGGGUAUGCCCGGAGCACAAACUACCGCGAGCGCAAGACGCCCAAGCUGUCGGAGCCGCCGCCGGCGCGGAGGAAGGACAGCAUCCCCGGCGAGGGAGGGGCCACGACGCCGCGGACGCCCAAGUACGAGGUCUUCCCGAAGGUGAACCCGUCGCCGCCGGUGGCAGCCCCCAUCCCCGGCGCGCGGGGAGGGCCAGCAGCAGCAGCAGCAGCAGGAGGAGGAGGAGGAGGAGGAAGAACCACCCCCCCGUCGCCGCCCCGGAGGUCGAUCCAGCCCGACUACAACCUCCAGGCGUGGCUCCAGACCGGGACCGUCUCCCCGUUCGGGACGCUCGAGCAGGCGGCGAAUAAUGACAGCAGCAACAACGCCACCGCCGCCACGACCACGCCGAAGCGGACGUCCGAGGUCAAGUGGCCGCUGCAGGGCUCCUCGUCGGAGCCGCCGUCGCGGUCCAACAGCAACAACAGCACCGCGUCCGCGGCGGCCGACCCGUUCGCGGACCCCGAGGCCGCCGCCCAGCCCGGGGUGGCGGUGACGAGGGAUCCGCCUGCGCCGCCGAGGCCGGUGACGGUGGCCACCGCCCGCGGCUCCGCGGCUACGAGGUCUGUCCGGGUCGGGGUCGAGAGCAUGAGGGGCAUCGGGCUGCCUGGGGUGGCGAGGAAGCUGCCGCUUCGGGACCCCUGA